AAGCAGCCCAAAUCGCGUUAAUGUGUUGUGUUCUUCGGUGGAUAAGAACACGGCUAAGGUGGGCCAGUAGCUUGUCUUUAGAUUACACAGUGCCCGAGUAGGGCUGUGUAUAACAUGAGUAUACACAAACGUUGAUUAAUGGACCCUCUUGCUGAAUGUCAGAUGAACUCGUCUCGAGCUGGGGCCAACCUGGCGCCAGAACAUGAAGAGAAACCUCCCGCUUCAGACAUGAAGGACCAGGAACAGGACAGGCAGAGGCUCUGGAUCGCCACAACAGAACGGCGAUACCUAGAAGCGCUGAUCGACGAAGCCAGUCAGCAGCUGGCGCUCAGGGACAGCUUUAUUCAGGAGCAGGAGGAAAGCUUGCAUCAGAAACACUGUCGGCAGAGUACGGACAGUGACCUCCCGGAGCUCUGCGACCACGUGCUGUCAGCCUCUGAAUUUCUCAGCGCCACGUUCGACGCAGUAGUGCGUCGGUGCCAGACGUUAACGUGCGAGAGCGUCACGCCGAUGACGACGCCGACGCAGACGGUAGAUGACCCACUGCCGGCGGAGCUGGAGGCGUGUCUGCAGCAGAACGCGCUGCUGGCGGACCGGUGCGAGGAGCAGGCGGACCUGCUGCGCGAGCAGACCGAACUAAUGCACAGGCUGCAUAGCCAGCUGAGCCGUAGCGCCACCGAGAACGAGCGCGUGCAGCGUCAGCUGCGGCUGGUGAACGCGCUGUUCGAGCAGCUGCAGCGGCAGGAGGCCGAGGGAGAGGCGGCACUCGAGGCUAGCCGUCGCGCCGAGUCGAGCGCCGCGGAGCCGUCCGAGCCGGGCGUGCCGGACGCCGACCAGCCCAACGGCCUCGUGGAGCGCGUGGACACGCCGCACGGCCGGCGCCUCGUCAUCCACGUCAGCAAGACGUACCUGCGCCUGCGCGACCUCAUCCUGGAGAAGCGCGCCCUCCUCAGCGAGAUCGACAAGCUGAAGGGCUUCAACGUGCAGCUGGAGCGUCGCCUGAAUCGGCAGGAGCAGCGGCUGUCGAGCGUGGCGGCCGAGCUGCACAGCACCUGGGGCCUCGUGACCAAGCUCAAGAUCCAGCACGCCCAGCUGCACACGACCGAGUCCGUGCUGCGCUACGAGCUGCGCGAGAAGCGCCGCCUGCUGAACCGCCGGCUCAACGCCGAGUCGGAGCUCGAGUGGCGCGCGCUGCGCCGCGAGCUCGACCAGCGCAAGCGCGAGCUGGUGCGCCAGCCUCACGUGGAGGAGGAGGAGCCGCCAGUGCAGGCGAGCGACGUGGAGAGGGACGGUGUGGCGGGCGAGCACACCAUUGGCAGCGUCUCGCCGGAGCCCGAGCACGAGGAUACACCGGACUCAUCGGAGCUGCCGGAGUCGCCGGGCUCUGUGGAUUCGUCCGAGCUGCCGGAUACGGCGGAGACGCGUGACUCGAGUGAGCCGCGCCCGGCCGGCCGCCUGCGCACCCUCGAGCACCAAUGUCAGGAGCUGUACACGCGGCUGGUAUCGACCACGGCACGCCAGGUGGCGCUGAGCUCGCGGCUGGCCGAGCUGCACACGCUGCACGGCACCAGCGAGACGGCCUCGCUGGCCAGCACUAGCACCGACACGGCCUACGCCAGCAGCGAGCCGCAGCAGACGCCGUCCGAGGCUGAGGCCGACGAGCUGCCCUCGGACGCGGACGAGCCGAACGAGUCGGCGUCCGACUCAGUGGACGAGGCGGCGCCGGACGAGACGGACGAGGCGGACGGGUCGCGGUCCGACGACGUGUCGACUGUCGGGUGCAAGCUCAUCAGCCUGCUGCCAAGCCGCAUGGUGCACCUGCGUCGCGAGCGCGAACAGCUGGCGCAGCGCAUCGCCGAGCUGCAGCGGCAGAAUGAGCGCAUCGAGCAGAAACUAGCGCGCAUGCGCACGGAGCGUAGCGAGCACCGGCGCCGCGGCCGCGAGGAUAGCACGGCCAAGCGGCACCUGGAGCAGCGCGUGCAGGAGCUGGAGCUGCGCGUGCAGCAGGAGCAGGCGCUCCGGAUGCAGGUCAGGAGCGACGAGUGA